GAGGGGGUGGGGCGGUGAUUGCUGGGUUGGCACGGGCUUUUUGCAGGCAAUCAGGUGUCUGAAGUACGGGAGACCGGUCGAAAAAGUCCUUGCUGAGCCCUAACGCGCCUCACACUCUGUCAAAGACGGAAGCAUUGUCGAUGAAAGCAUUGUCGCCGAGCUCUUGUCGUCGUAUUGCGGCCACGCGCAUUACAAUGCCUGCUUUUCAUGCAGGCUGCAAGAGCGUACCGAAAGGCUCGUUUAAACACAAACUAUCCGCUCAAUACGAGCACACGCCAUUGUCUUCACUCACGUUGCAGCAUCCGCAAUUACAACUCCUACGCUGUGAGCUGCGUGAUACGUUUGUCAACAGGCCUAUCUGCAGCUACGAUGCGUGCGUCCGCAAACACAUUUUGUAUUGAGGCAGAACGC